UAUAAAAGCAAGGCUCGGGUGUAUUGUUAUGUACUAUCAAUUUUAGUACGAGUGUAGUGGUCUAAUAUCAUAUAUAACAGGUACAAGUCAAAUGGCUGCUGAAAGCAUGGAUUCCUUUCCUUAUAAGGUUGAACUUCAUGUUCAUAUCGAUGGAGCCGUCAGACCUAAGACCUUACUGCAAAUAGCCAGUAAAAGAGGAAUUCCACUGCCAUAUAAGGAUGAAGCCUCUCUUAGUAAAGCUAUUUGUAUUAAAGAACCAUGCACAUUACAAGUUUUACUUAAGGCAUUUGAUGAAUAUAUGCCAAUUCUAGCGGGUGAUAAAUCAGCACUAUAUCGCAUGGCGUAUGAAUUCUGUGAGGAUUGUGCUAAUCAAGGUAUACGUUACGUAGAGGCACGGUACUCACCACAUGAAUUAGCUAACAACAGUCCCGAACCGGAACAUGCACUAGAACCAGGAAAUCUGUCACCAACUGAUGUUGUGGCAACAAUUUGUGAAGGUUUACAGAAAGGUUCCAGUGAUUUUGCAAUCAAUGCCAAGUCAAUUUUAUGCUGUAUGCGUCAUAGGCCAGAAUGGUCAAUGGAAGUUGUGGACUUGUGCCGUCGAUAUCAUGAUAGUGGUGUUGUUGGAAUAGAUAUAGCCGGAGAAGAAUACCUAGUCUGUUCACAAGAUGGCGCCAAGUCUAUUCAUCAGCAGGCAUUUCUAGAAGCGUGUAAACUCGAUAUACAUAGAACAGCCCAUGCUGGAGAAGUUGGGUCUUCACAAGUUGUUAAAGAGGCCAUGGAUCAGUUGAAAGUUGAACGAAUAGGACAUGGUUAUUUAAUUCUGGAUGAUAAAGAGUUGUACGCUAGAGCCCAUCGACAAGACGUACAUUUUGAAUUGUGUCCUAUAUCUAGUAUACGAACCAGUGCAGUGGGGGCUGAUAUAACUAAACAUCCAAUGCUAAGGUUUGCUGAUGAUAACAUGAAUUAUUCUAUUAAUACUGAUGAUCCUGUUAUAUUUACUAAUACCUUAUUAGAAGAUUAUCAGAUGGCCCUACAAGCUGGAUUAACCAGGCAACAAAUUAUUACAACGAUUUUUAAUGCGGCCAAAUCAAGUUUUGCUCCCGAAAAAGAAAAGACACAAAUACUGAACGAUUUAGUACAGGUUUAUGAAACUAGUGGGGAUUCUUAAUUAAAAUACAAGAAUUUCUUAAUAAUCCAGAAAUGCCCUGCGGGUUCAAAGGUCGGCAAAUAGACAAAAAUGACUAACAUAGUUCAGCCUAAAUUGUCAAUUAUUAUUAAAUAUAGUCAGAAUUAAUACAUAUAAUCAUCGUUAAAAUUACAUGCAUAUGACUGGGUUUGUUAUACGUUUAUAAUUUGUUGAACAACAUCCUACAACAACAUUCUUACAUUUCCGUAUACGUUAAUGACAAAAGAGAUGUCGCUUAGGGCUAAUAUUGAUUGUAAUGCAUACAUGGUACUUCUUUCUAAAAAAGCUUUAUCGAAUUCAAUUUACUUUGACAUUUACCACCGCCUCCGGGAUACAUCUUCUUCCUAGGCAGUAGCUACGGUUUUCUGAAAAGUAGGUACAAACUGUCGCUCAAUUAGUUAUAGGUAGUGAUGGGGAUAUAGAAUUAGACAAACUAGAUCGCUAUUCAUUGGCACAUAGAAAUGGACACGAAUGGGUCGCAGCGCACAUAAUAAUGUAAGACGAAUGUAUAUAAACUGAUUUACAUUCAAUCGUUUCUGGUUUUACUGUAAAUUUUAAUCAGUUAUGUUCGGCGAAACACGCGAAGAGUCCGAAUUGAGUGGCAGUCUUUGGUGGCUGGUUAUUCCAGUCUACACCGCUUAUAUUCUCUUACAUGGGGUAUGUUUAGCAUUCUGACACGCGAUUCUUGUGCCAAUUUUAGUAUAUUAAUUAAAGUAGCUAGUAGCUAAGUCUCUAACUCAAUAUCAUCCAAAUUCUUCAACAUUGAAAACACGAAUUAUUUGUUGUUUUAAAUUAACAUUGAUGUUGUGAUCUUACCGGGAAAAUAUGGGCUUCUGAUAUCCAAUAUUCAAGACAAAAUAAACAUUUUACCAUUGUUACACGAAUCGUGUACCAUAAUGCUUUUCAGUGUCAUUUGUAACAAGGGACUCAGAAAACGAGGCUAGGCACAUUCCACAAGUCAUGUCAAAUGGUGACGUCAUAUUCUUAUCUGGAGAGCAUGCGCAAUAAAUACUAUCGGUGUAGAAUGGAAUAACAAGAGAUUGCCAUUCGAACAAGACUUCUGGCGUAUUUCACUGAAUAUACCUGAUUAGAAAUUACAGUAAAACAGAAACGACUGAAUGUAAAUCAGUUUAUAUACAUUCAUAUUACAUUAUUAUUGGUGUUGCAACCCAUUUGUGUCAAUUUCUAGAUCCCAAAUAUUAGCGACUUAACUCCUUUAAGUCUUAAAUAUUGGAUAUCAGAAGCCCAACAUCAAUGUUGAUAUAAAUAGACCAAUAAGCCUUGUUUCCAAUGUCGAAGACUGUGGAUAUUUGAGUUAGCGACUUGCCUCCUUUAAAAUAUUCGGAUAUGGCAGUAUCUUUAUUAUCUAUGCUUGCCUUAACUCGUGGGUCAAAUUCGUAUAGAAAUCACCCUCAUACCAAGGUCCGAGAGAAUUUGUCCCGAAUUUCACCCCACUAAAUUGAAGUAAAUAACCAGAAAAUGCCUCAUGUCGGCCGUCGGUGCGGAUGGCCAGGUAGGUGGGUGGAUCGAGAUCUAUCCGCAGGGUUUCCGUUUGAAAGCAAGUGUUUAAAUUUUGCGAAGGUCCCUUACUCGAGGUUCUUAAACCGCCACUUUAACGUGAAGGCUAUAAUUCAGUUUGAUAUAAAAUAGUAAAAUAUCUGAGAAUCUACGCAUAUUGAAGAUAUAUAUAAUCAAACCUAAACUACAUUUCAAUUAUUUUACAGGCCUAUUGAGGGAACUUUAUGAGUUUUCCUCCAAGUUGAGCCUCCUUUUUAAAUUGGCCCCCUGGAGGAAUUAGCAAUUUAUUUUAGGAGGAAUACCAAAGCUCACUGAAACCAUCUCCAAACCGUGGUCCCACAGAAUCUGUCACAAAUUUUACCCCACUAAAUAAGCAGAAAAUGCCUCAUGGCGGCCACCUUGAAUAUUUAAAGGGUGGCAUCAUCCGGAUUCUGAAUUUACACAUUGAAAUAUAAUCUACCCCAAAAAAUUAGGUGGACUAUAUUUCCACGUCAAGGCUUAAAUGGGGUUUGGCUGCCGGAUACUCGGUGCAUUAUUAUACACUUUUCUUCAUAUUAAUAAAAUUCUGUUCAAUUUUAAUUUGAUGUGUUAAUUAUGCUAUCUUCAGAUUUGGAGGAAAUAGUUGUUUGUGUUCUUAAGAUUGUCGACAAUUAAUUUACCUUACCGUACUCACCCCACAAA